GAGACAUCGGAGUGCCGAGGACUGCAAUUGACUAGAUCAAAACCGGAGCCAGUACUUCCUUAUAGUUGCUUGUCUUACGCCACCAUGGGACAAGCCAUGACAACCCCCCUCUCCCUCGUACUGGGCCACUUUAGAGAUGUAAGGGACAGGGCCCGUAAUCUGUCCUUAGAGAUUAAGAAGGGUAGAUUCGUCACCUUAUGCGAAGCUGAAUGGCCCUUGUUCAAUGUUGGGUGGCCUAAGGAAGGGUCCUUUGACAGGACCGUGGUUGAGAAGGUAAAAGAGAAAAUCUUUGGGCAUCUGGGGCACCCUGAUCAGAUCCCAUAUAUCGUAGUCUGGCAGGACCUGGUCAGAGACCCCCCGCCUUGGAUGCGAGCUUUCGUGCCCCCCCUUAGGGGACGUACAGAGAUCCUCACAGUACAAGAGGCUGGGAAGAAGGGGAAGCCAGGUUCGUCACCCGCCAAGGUUCUCCCAGACUCUAACCUCUACCCUGACCUGACCGGGCUUGAAUGGAAUGCCCCCACAUUUAAUGCCCCUCCCCCUUAUAAUCCCAGAGCGGCGCUCGCGGCCCCAGCAGCCCCCGAGGUGCCUGCGCCCCAGCGGGAUGCCACUGGAGGGGAGGGAGGACCGGCCUAUGGCACUAGGCAACGUACAGGUCGGACUCCAGACCCAGAGCCCGUGAAGGCAUUUCCCCUACGGGCAGUAGGGCCCCGGGGAGACGACGGGACACAGACUUAUCAAUACUGGCCUUUCUCCACCAGUGACCUGUACAACUGGAAAUCUCAAAACUCAAACUUUUCCGAUAACCCCAGGGACCUUAUUAACCUUUUAGACUCUGUUCUUUUUACACACCAGCCUACCUGGGAUGACUGCCAGCAGCUGCUCAAGGUGCUUUUCACCACAGAGGAAAGGGAAAGGAUUCAGGGGGAAGCAAGGAAACUGGUUCCGGGAGAGGACGGCAGGCCUACUACGAACCCAAGAACCAUUGAUCGAACCUUCCCCCUCGAACGACCACUGUGGGACUACAAUGAGGCUGAAGACUUGAAAGAUGCCUUCUUCAGUCUGGCGAUAGUGACACGCUGCCAGGAGAUCUUCGCCUUUGAGUGGCAGGAUGAAGAGAGAGGGAUCCACGGACAGUUGACAUGGACGAGACUGCCCCAGGGAUUCAAGAACUCGCCUACUCUGUUCAACGAGGCCCUCCAAGAUGACCUGAGUGAGUACCGAGCCAACCAUCCAAGGGUAACUCUGCUACAAUACGUGGAUGACUUGUUGUUAGCCGCCCCCGAUCCCCGGACUUGCCUGGAAAGCACCAAGGACUUGCUUAGGGUACUAGGCAAACUGGGGUACCGGGCCAGUGCAAAGAAGGCCCAGAUUUGUAAAGAUGAAGUCACCUAUUUGGGCUAUAAGAUCAAAGGGGGCCAAAGGUGGCUAACUGAGGCAAUGAAGCAAACCGUGUUAAGAAUACCUACCCCAACCUCUAGCCGGGAGCUAAGAGAAUUCCUGGGGUCGGUAGGCUACUGCCGCCUCUGGAUUCCGGGAUUCGCAGAGAAGGCCCGACCUUUGUAUGAAGGGAGUAAAGCGGGGCUGACAUGGAAAUGGACUGAGCAGAUGGCGGAUGCUUUUCAGGCCCUGAAGGCAGCCAUGCUAGAGGCCCCUGCCUUAACGCUCCCAGAUCCUACCAAAGAAUUCCACCUUUAUAUAGAUGAAAAAUCGGGGAUAGCUAAGGGGGUGCUUAUGCAAACCCUAGGGCCCUGGAAAAGGCCUGUGGCAUACCUAUCAAAGAAACUGGAUCCAGUGGCGGCAGGGUGGCCAGCAUGCUUGCGAAUGAUCGCAGCCACAGCUCUGAUAGUCAAAGACGCUGAUAAGCUUACUUUAGGGCAGCGGCUGCUCAUCACUACCCCGCACGCUAUAGAAGGGGUUUUAAAGCAGCCUCCGGGACGAUGGAUUACAAAUGCGAGGCUGACUCACUACCAAGGACUCCUGCUGGAUGCUCCCCGAAUUGAGUUCCGAGCCCCCACCGCCUUGAAUCCAGCCACGCUCCUGCCCAUCCCCAACUCGGCUGCACCUGAGCACGACUGCCUUGAGAUCCUGGCCGAAACCCAGAUGGCCCAAAAAGACUUAAAAGACCGCCCCCUUCCAAGCAGCGACUUGAUCUGGUUCACGGAUGGGAGCAGUUUCGUCCGGGACGGACACAGGUACGCAGGGGCGGCCAUAGUCGAUGACCAGGGCAAACUAGUCUGGGCGGCAUGCCUCCCACAGGGGACAUCUGCUCAAAAGGCGGAGUUGAUAGCGCUGACAGAGGCCCUUUGCCGGGCCCAAGGGAAGAGACUGACGGUAUACACUGACAGCCGUUAUGCUUUUGGGACUGUGCACAUACACGGAGCUCUCUACAGGGAGAGGGGGUUCAUCACAGCAGAAGGGAAGGAGAUCAAGCAUAAGCCCGAAAUCCUCCGCUUGCUAGAGGCUGUCCUGCUGCCAAAGGCAGUAGCGGUAGUCCACACCCCAGGACACCAGGGUGGAGACUCAGUGGAGGCUAGGGGCAACCGACGGGCAGACGCAGAGGCUAAGAGAGCAGCGGCGAGUGCUACGCCACCAAAUGUCCUACACAUCGGCCUUCCGCCCCCGGGCAUGGGACAGAUACCUCCUCUGCCAGACUACUCCAGUGCAAAUGAAGCCUGGGCUGCAAAACGACUAACUGCGCAAAAAGGUAAAAAUGGCUGGCUGCGAGACGAAGAACGCCGCCUGAUAGUGCCAGAGACUCUGGGACGUCACCUGUUGACGCACCUACACCAGACCACACAUUUAAGAAAGAAAAAAAUGUUACAACUGUUAAACACCGCCCAGCUCAGGUUCAUGUCGCAGGGACGAGUGGCAGACGACAUCGUCCGGGACUGCCGAGCCUGCCGAGUCAUGCAGCCGGAGAGGGUCAAAGGGACCCAUGCAGGUCGAUGGAAUAGCAACCUGGAUACAUCACUCUCAUGCGAGGCCUGCUGUCGAGGACGCCCAGGAGCCGUGCCAAGAUCAGUGGAAGGCGACAAUAGACCCGGAAAACCCCUUAAAGACCAGACUGACUCGAGUAACCCCGACAUAAAUGAACUCGUGGACCCCAGUUCUCCUAGGGAUACUCGCCGUGGUGCUCGGAGUUGGACUUGGGAUUGUAGCACCUAGAGGCUGGACUCCAUUGCAAAAAUGUAUACUGGGUUUGUUUUAUGUCUCCUAUGUGGGAAUGUUGGGGGCCCUCUGUUUGUGGGCGGGGGUAUGGCAGCCAUAGUAAAUAAUGACAACCCACAUCAGCCCCACAAUCUCACCUGGGAAAUCACCAACCUAGAGACCCAUGAGAUAUAUAACACGACCUCGGGGACGGCUCCGCUCAAUACUUGGUGGCCAGACUUAUACUUCAAUCUGGAAAGGGUCAGUCCCUUAGAAGAAAUGGAGGGAGGUAAAUGGCGGCAAAACCAGAGGCGGGUAUCCAUGAGCCGAAACGGGUUCUAUGCAUGCCCAGAGUUUAGAACAAGAGCUAUGAGGCGGCAAUGUGGGGGAGUAAAAGCCCUCUACUGCGCCGCAUGGACAUGUGUAACUGCCAAUGAUAGAGAAUAAAAAUGGCCAGUAAAACCCCUGCUCGUUAAAAUGUCCUAUGCCCGGCCUUGUACACGAACCAAAUAUGCUGCUAAUUG